CAGAGCGUCAUUCAUUCCGUGAAGUGCUAAGAGAAGAGACAGUUGUGCUAAUAUUAUUCGUAGUAAUUUUAAAUAUUUCAAGUGAUUUUUACCAGAAGACAACGUGUAUUUUUAAAAGUUUACGCAUUAUUCUUAUUGUGAAUUUUAUAGAAGAGGAAAAUAAGGAAUUUUAAGAUGGCUACAGAAGUGAGCACAGCUCCGAUGGCGUUGCCGCAGCUACAGAGUGUACAGAAGGCCAUGGCCAUCCCCACGGUGGGGGCAGCCGUUGGGCAGGUUGGAGCGCUAUACACCAGAGUUAAGGACGCACACAGCCUGUUAGAAUGGGCGCUCUCGACAGCAGAGGCAGGUGUCACCCUCGCGGCCCACACAGCAGCCCCAUACGUGUCAGCACCCCUCGCCGUUGGAGACGCCAAAGUUGCCGGAUACAUUGACGCCCUCGAGAAGAAAGUACCCCUAGUCAAUGAACAGCCACAGGUCAUUGUGGAGACUACAAAGAAGGCUGUGCUGACAAAAAUCUCACCACAUGUCAAUAAGGUUGUAGGCUGCCGCGUGGCCGCCGAGCAACGCGUGAAGUCACUCAAGGAGCUCUCCUGGGCCAAAGCCAACGCCCUUCUCAACACAGCUUACGGCCAGAAGGCGCUCAUUAGCGUAGACAGUGGCGCCACCUACGCUAUGCAACUCUUGGACCACUACUUACCCCCUGUAGGACCUCAGGAGGAAUCUGUUGAAAUAGUGGCAGCAACGAACGACCCAGCGCUCCACACUGUUCAGACGGUGGGCCGGCUCAGCGCCGUCGCGGCGCGCCGGGUGUGGGCCAACCUGGCCUACAAGGUCAACGAGCUCAGGCAAUCUGGUAUAGACUUCGAUGUGACUCGCUACCUUAAAGCUUUGCUGGCCGCUCUCCAUCUAGCUUCAGUCACCAACCUGCUGCACCAAAAAGAGGUAGCCAAGGAACAACCGAGCAGCCCCGCAGAGCCCAAGACCUCGGCAGCCCCCCCGGAGACCCACCAAACUGCCCCCACCACCGCCAACAAGGUCAAGUCCACCCCUGAAGGCAAAUCCACAAACCAUUCCAAAAAUAAGUCCAACUAAACUUUUUAUUACUAUUAACAUGCUACAAUGUCGGUAUACUGGCUUUAUCCACAUUGUUCUAGCUGUAAGGAAAGCACUAUUUUAUAAUUUUAAUUGUAUUUAAAAUUGCUAUAAUUAUACACCGCCUAGCGUUUCGAUAAUGAUAUUGGAUUGUAAUGCUUUUUAAUAUUUGGAAAAAUGUAUUUACAAUAAAACAAUUUGUAUUUUAUAAA